CUUUCCUUGUUGCUCACUUCUUCAAAGUUGAAAUCAGAUAAAAGAUUCACCGAUCAGACCCAAUCCUGUCCUGUGUCAUGUAAUAACCUGUAAAUCAAAUAGAAACAGAGAAAGCUAAACCCCAGUGAGUAGAGACAAACAAAACAGAAAAAACACAGCCCAUUAUGUUGAUGCAGCAACAGUUUCCUUGAGACCAGCAGAGCAGGGGUAUACUCAGACAGCUUAUUAAAGAUCCGUCAGCCCUAAUCUCACCAGACUGGAGGAGGUUCACAUCGGCAGAGGGUCCCUCCCUCUGAAAUAUGGAAAACCAAACUUUCAAUGCUGACAUCAUCUUCAUCGAGGGGUUAAAGGUCAGCCCACAGGCCACCAUUCCCGCCUUCGUCCUCCUUCUCCUCAUCUACAUCUUCAUCAUGGUGUCCAACAUCGGCCUGGUGGUCCUGAUCUCCAUGGAGAGGAGCCUCCAUGAGCCCAUGUAUCUGCUCUUCUGUAACAUGAGUAUUAACGACGUGUUUGGAGCCACGUGCAUCAUCCCUCGUCUGCUCAGCGACGCUUUCACACCAAUCACAGAGCGUUACAUCCACUACAUAGACUGUGUGGUUCAGGCCUUCUCUUCUCACUUUCAUGCCGGCACCUCUCACGCAGUGCUAAUGGUCAUGGCUUAUGACCGCUACGUGGCCAUCUGUAACCCCCUCCGAUACGCCACUGUCAUGACCAACAGGAUGGUGGUGAAGCUCUCAGCAGGGGCCUGGGUGGCGGCGUUCCUUGCUGUAGCAAUCCUACUGAGUCUUACGAUCCGCCUGACUCGCUGCAGAAGGUUUAUAAUCAACCCAUUCUGUGACAACGCUUCUUUGUUCAAGCUCUCCUGCCAGAACAUACUCAUCAAUCACAUCUACGGCCUAGGCAGCGCUGUGGUCAUCCUGGGCUCCUCCCUUGGGGGCAUCACGAUCACCUACCUGAGGGUGGCCAUGGUGUGUUUGAGCAGCAAGAGCAAGGUGCUGAACAGCCGGGCACUGCAGACCUGCGCCACACACCUUACUGUGUACAUCAUCAUGUUGGUGGCCUCUUUCACACCCAUGAUCAUACACCGUAACCCGCAGUGGGCCGACAGCGGGAAAGUGUCGUCAGUCAUGUUCCACGUGGUCCCCCCAGUCCUGAACCCCCUCAUCUACGGGCUACAGUGCAAAGAACUCAGACACAAGAUCUUUGGCCUGUUUUACAAGAACAAAGUCAUGGACGCUAAAACCGUCAUGUAGGUGCAGAGUCUCUGUCAAUAAAGGUCUUCAUAUCAAGCACUGUGCCUACUUUCCCUCACAAUAAACACUUUGACGGUUCAAAGCUCUCUCAAUGUCCACCAUGUUCGACAGUCGUCACAUGGAAGCACAAGGCAAUCUGCACAAUACGAUUUUACCAAAUGUGGUAUCUUUGUAUGAAGAUGAUGUCUGUGUUUAUUAAUGUAUUGAUUUUUGAAUACCCUGGCUGUCAGAGACAUUGGGAAUUCUUCUUUACCCGGUUAGAGCUUUUGCUUUGUUCUGAAAUACAACCUCAUUUCCAAUAAAGCUGUCAAACUCAGUAUCACAUCAUCAUUAAUUCCAAUCAUAGUACAAUGGAUAGGUCAACUCUCUACAAAUG